UAUGAUCGGUAGAUGAGUAUAGUUCUACACGUUAUUAUUAUUUUUAACUCGGUUUGUGUAACUCAUUUUAAUCUGACCAAUUUCGAUUCCAGAGUAAUAAUUAACCUUUUAUACAUGCAAAAUACAUUUGUACCAGUUGAUAUGAGUGAAGAGAAUUAUUACAUUUCCAAAAAUGAUAAAUUCGGUCGGUUUAUGGUGGCAAAGAAAAAUAUCAAAGCAGGAGAGCUGAUUCUAUCAGAACUGCCUAUCAUGGUAGGAUCACCUAUCGAUGGGCCACUCAUCUGUUUCAAUUGCUGCAAUUAUGUGAAAUUCAUUGGAUCUGCAUUUUGCAAAGACUGCCAUUCUGCAAUUUUGUGUAGUUCGAAAUGUACAGGUAUUUUCCACACAAAAGAGGAAUGCGAGUCGUUCAAGAAAGCGAGUAUAAAUGGAACAGCUCUAGCAGAAAAUAAUCAAGUCAUAUUUCCACUACGUUGUUUAUUUUUGAAGAAAUAUAAACCAGAAGUUUGGAAACACAUUAUGGAAUUAGAAGCUCACUUAGAAAAUAGAAGGGAUAACCCAAUUUGGCGACGACACAAAAUUGCUGUAGAACAGAAUUUGAGACAUAUGAAUUUAUUAUCUGAAGAGGAUAUUGCAUCAGAGAUGGUGCAGAAAAUUUGUGGCAUAUUGGAUGUCAAUACUUUUGAAUUGAGACCACGCCAAAAUAAAGAGCCAGCAAUGUUAAGUCCUGGAACACAUCACUGCUUGAGAGGUCUCUAUUCCAAGGCAGCACUUAUGGCCCAUGAUUGCACUGGUAAUACCUUGUUAUCUGUCGACGAUGAUUUCGUUCUCACUAUCAAGGCUAGUAUAGAUAUUCAAAAAGAUGGCCCAAUACUUUUCAGCUACGCCAAUGUCUUAAAUGGUACUGUAGAUAGAAAACAACAUUUGCUGGAAGGAAAAUACUUCGAAUGCACCUGUGAAAGAUGUUCUGACCCAACCGAGUCCAACACUGAAAUUAGUUCCUUGAAAUGUCAUAAUUGUAAUAGAGGAACCGUGAGGAUGAAGGAUACAGCAAUCGUUAACUCUGAUUGGAUAUGCUCAGAUUGCCAAAAAACUUUCAGAUACUUCUUGAUGAACUUGGCUGUAGAAGAAGGAAGAAGGAAAAUACAAGAAAUAGAUAGAAGUGACAUGGAGGCUAUGGAAAAUUUAUUGAGUAAACUGCUUCAAACAUUUCAUGAAAAUCACUUCCUGAUAUUGGAAACAAAACAGAGUAUGAUCGGGCUGUACACCUACAUGCCACCCACCAGAAACAAUCUUCAGAAAAAAAUCAGGCUAUGUCAAAGUUUGAUUGAAGUUUUCUCUAAACUUGAACCUGGAAUCUCACGAAUGAAAGCAAUGGCUCUAUACCAAUUACAAUCAUCAUUGAUAGAUUUAGCAAACAAGGAAUACAAUGAUGGAUUGAUAAAUUUGGAAGAGCUAUUCUCCAACUUGAUGAAUGCAGAAAUGAAGCUGAAAGAAAGUAUCACAUAUCUCCUUUACGAACCUCCUAGAACUCCCGAAGGAAGGAUUACAAAAAUUGCACUAUCAGAACUAAACAUGUUGAGAGCAUCAAUUGCUAAUAUAAAGAAUGAUUUGCUCUUUGUCAACCUGAUUUCAAACAAAAAAACAACUAUCAAAAACAUAAAGGGAGAUAAAUCAUGCAACAUUGACAAGACAUUGCCAACAAAAUCAUCUACUGGAGAUUCAGAUAUGGAAUCUAUUCGGAGAAAGAGAAACAAAAAUAAACAUAAGUAGGUUUAGUCAGCGUACAUACAUUAGACGUUUAGUCGAUGAAAAUAUAUAUGCAUUUUUAUUUAUGGAUAUCGUGAAGAUGAUGGGCCUUCCAUCAUGGUUCCGAAUUUCUUGACUCUUCAGUGUACCUUAUAAUUUUCUUCGAAAAAAAUACUGAUGGAUACACUCACAACUAUAAUAAUCCCAUUGGAAGGCAGCAUUUCAUUUAUUUGAAUUAUAUAUACAAUUAUUAGUCAAUUCAUAGAAGAAUAAAGAAUGUUGAGAAUUUUCCACAAUGCACAAUUUCAUGUACUCUCUAUAUGAACAUACUAUAUAAACAUUUGAUGA